GAAAGCUUGGUAUUAAAAGUGAUGUUUUCGGCACCUAAUCCGAUGUAUUCAAAUAAAGAUUAUUUAAAUUGUAUAGAUUAUGCAAAAAUACAUUAUGGAGGAAAACAUGUAAGGGAUGCUCCAUACUUGAUUAUGGAACAUCCUUUCUGUAACACUGAUACAUACUUGAUCUACUUUCAUGCAAAGGACGAAGAUAUGUAAUUAAAGUCUCCCUAAUCCUUAGUAACUAUGCUUAGUAGUUUAUAUAUGAAAUCUAACAAUCUUGUAAAUUCAACGCCAUCUUAUCUGAAUACCCUGGUUAUGGAAUCUACCAAAAUGUCGAUGUUCAUGAUUCUGUAGUCGAAUAAGAUGCUCUUCAAUUGUUUGAUCAUAUCCAAGACAAAUAUAAAUUAAAAAACAAUCAAAUCAUUGUUUUCGGAAGGUAUCGACUACAUUUAAACAAAGAUCCAUAGGAACAGGGCCAGCCUUCUAUAUCAAUAGUUUAAGACAAUGCAGAGCAGUUAUUGCACUUAGUUCAUUUACCUCUAUUAGAGAUAUUGUCAAAGAAAAAACAUUUGAAUGGGUGGCAAAUCUAAUCCCCUCGAAAUUUGAUAACUUACAACGAGCUCAAAAUGCUAAGUCUCCUAUGCUCUUGAUACAUGGUGCUGAGGAUGAUAUCGUAAAUAAAUAGCACACAGAAAUUCUGUUCGCCAAGUUUUGCUUUUUAUUCUAUUCCAUAGUCUUCCCAAUAAAGUGAAGGCAUAAUCAGUAAAAAGGAUUAGACCAGACAUGACACACAACGAUUACAUUUUUGAACAUGAUAUCAUAGCUCCGAUAUAACUAUUCUUCCCUGAUCUCAGUAUACAAUAACGAUUUAGAUAUUGA